AUGAUCCACAACAUCCAAUUCAAGACAAAAAGAUCUGAAUCGAGAGAGUACCUGGUAACUUGUGUGGAUGAAAAUUGUAACUGGUUACUUAGAGCUUCAAACUUCAGGAAAACAGAAACAUUUAAAAUCAGAAAGUAUGUAAAAACUCACACCUACUCUUUGGACAUCAUUAUGGAAGACCACAGGCAGGAAAAUUGCAAUGUGAUUGGAAAACUAAUAAAAACAAAAUACAUGUCAAUAAAGAGAGUACACACACCAAAUGACAUAAUCAACGACAUGCUAGAUAAUUAUGGUGUUUCAAUGGGGUAUCAAAAAGCCUGGGGAGUAAGAGAAAAAGCUUUAGAAUUUGCAAGAGGAAACCAAGAUGAUUCAUACCAAAAACUUCUCAUCUACCUUCACAUGCUAAAAGUCUCGAACCCAGGUACAAUAACGCACCUGGUUACAGACAAUAAAAAUCACUUCAAAUAUAUGUACCUAGCAUUUGCAAAUUCCAUCAAAGGAUGGAAACACUGUAGGGCAGUCAUUGUGAUAGAUGAAACUUACUUGAAGACAUCAUUUGGAGGAACUUUAUUCACUGCUUCAACAAUCGAUGCUAACAACAACAUAUUUCCAUUUGCCUUUGGAAUAAGAAACUCUGAAAAUGAUUCAUCAUGGUUAUGGUUUUUCACAAAGCUAAAGGAUACAUAUGGAGAAAGAAAAGGUAUAGCAAUCAUUUCAGACAGGCACAAAAGCAUAGAAAAUGCUAUAGACAAUGUAUACCCUAAAGCUUUUCAUGGAGCAUGCAUAUUCCACCUGCUAAACAACAUCAAAGUCAAUUUCAGUGUCCAUGGGGAGGACCUAAACAUAAACUUUGUGAAAACAGCAAAGGCAUAUAGGAUGCCAUGCUCCAACAAGAAGAUAUACAAUGAUGACAUCAAAUAUAGCCGAAUCGAUAAAUGCGGCAUUGAAAGCUGCAAGAACAAUGUUAAUCACUACAAUGAUGGAAGGCCUUUGAAGUUUAGUUUAGAAAUGGGUAUGGAAAAAUGGUAA